CCCCCUAUCAUAGUGGAUAAUUCACCGUAUCAGGUCGUGGUUGAUCCAGGCGACAAUGUAACUCUUCAAUGCCGCUGGUCAGGUCAUACGAAAGCCCGAAUAUCAUGGUAUCGUGGUAGUUAUCCAUUGUCCUCUCUUGGUCAGAGCACAAUUCACCUGUCAAGUACGCCUUCCUCACUUGGCAUAACAGCAGCCAUCCCUACCUCUGCACUGGCUACUCUGCCUUCGACCAUAGCUUCUCUGCCCGUAUCUGGCAUCGAAAUAACUCCCAACUUCACUCAUCUCUCCGAUGGUAAGAACAUUAUACGAGGAGUUCGAUUGGAUGGACUCGGAAAACGGCAGAGUAUUCUUAUCUUUACCAAUGUGAGUCACGAGGAUGCUGACACCUACACUUGUGUUGCCGAGAAUCAAGCUGGUCGGGCAACAGCCAACAUGAGUCUCAUAGUAAAAGGCUAUAAUAACUGCCGCAAGAGUGUGGCAAAUUACGGUGCCCUUAGGAGCCUAUAG